UGGCAAAAGCAUUUGCACUCUUACCAAACAGCUGUUUUGAUAGUCCAGGCAUGCCCAAGCAUUUGUGAUGGAGGAGGGAGAAGGGGGUGGGAUGGGGUGGGGUGGGGUGGGGGUUAAAAGAACCCCAUUAUGCACCAACUCUCCCCUUUCUUCUCCCCCUCCCCCUACAAUUCCUCCUCCCAUCCCACCUCCCUCUCUUCUAUCCACACGUGCCAGUUGUGUAACGGUGGUGAUUUGCAUGCCAGUGGGUGAAGGCCAAAUAGUUUUUGUAAUGCAGAGGCAAGCAGUAGGAGAGCUGGAGGGCAGUUGAGGAGGAGACAGCAGGAGGAGAAGGAGGAGGAGACAGUAGGAGGAGGAGGAAGAGAUGGUGGUGCAGCAUAUAAGGAGCCUCCACAUGCCUAUACUUCCUACUUCACUCACCGCCUGAGAAGCUGAGACAACACACCAACUAGAAGCCAUGAGGAACACACUGUUAAGGAUGCUGGCCGCCCUGAUGUGCGUGCUGUCUGCCUGCGCCGAAGUCAAGCCUGUUAAAGACUUUGACCUGGAGAAGUUUGGAGGCAAGUGGUACAUCGUUGGCUUUGCUACAAACGCUCAGUGGUUUGUGGAAAACAAGUCAAACAUGAGGAUAGGCACUGCUGUGAUGGUGCCAACCCCUGGAGGAGACCUGGAUCUCUCUUACGCCAACUUGAACGCCGACGGUACCUGCUGGAGAAUGACUCACCUGGCUAGGAAAUCAGAGACUCCUGGACGCUUCGCCUUCCACAGUCAAAUUUGGAGGAAUGACAAUGACAUGCGCAUUGUUGAUGUUCAGUAUGAUGACUAUGCUCUGAUCCACACCGUCAAGACAAAGGAUGGAGUGUCUGAGGUCCUCAACAAGCUUUACAGCCGCACACCAGAGUCCAGCGUCGCCCUGCAACAGAAGUUCAGACAGUUCUCCGUGGAUACUGGCAUUCUCCCAGACAACAUUGCUAUCCUGCCUAAAAGUGCUGAGUGUCCCGAGGCCUAAAGAGUCCCCCCCCCCCCCCCCUCUCCCCAUCCUCUAUCUCUCACUCCCUGAAGUCCCAGGCUUUCAUUGCAGGAAAGCAUUAUCCCCCCUCACUCUGGUGUCUGCAGCAUCAUAAAAGCUGCACCUGAGAUAAUGAAACUCAACCAUUCUACUCAAAAUCCCUGUUGCAUGCCAAAGACCAAUCCUAAUCCUGAUUAAAACCUAAUUUUCUCCAAUUCGUACACUAACUGUGGCUCAGAGUGAAGCAAUUAGGGCUUGAAUGUAAAACAGAGGGAAAGAAUAUAUGAGACUGUGAAAGCUGUCAGUUUACUUUUUGUACAUGCCAAUCUUUUGUAACUGCUGAUGUCUGUUAUUGUGUUUUAUCUUUUUGUUGAA